CGCUGGGGGCGCUGUUUCCAAUCCGGUCCCGCGCGAGUCCGGGGCGUUUUGUGGGUGUCGCUGCUGUUCUCCAAACGGGAUCUUUGCCUCCUUUUUCUUUUCCAUCGUGGCGUGGGAUUGCCUUUUCUCUCUCUUGUGGAUCGUGGAAGGACGGAUCCAACAGCUUGAAGGGACAUGAAGUCGCCGAAGAAAACUUUAAGCAGGAAGAGAUAGUUGACCAAGGAAGUCUUCUGCAGAGAUUGUUCUUCUCUUCCACUUGGAUUUACUCUAUCAUCAUUCCAGUGCCUCUUGGUUUGCUCUUGGAAACGACAAGACAUGUCCAUUGCACUCAAGCAAGUCUUUAAUAAAGACAAGACGUUCCGUCCCAAACGGAAAUUUGAACCUGGGACUCAGAGGUUUGAACUCCACAAACGAGCCCAAGCCUCUCUGAACUCCGGGGUGGACCUGAAAGGGGCUGUGCAGCUUCCAAACGGAGAAGAUCUCAAUGACUGGGUCGCGGUCCACGUGGUUGACUUUUUUAACAGGAUCAACCUAAUCUAUGGAACUAUCUGCGAGUUCUGCACGGAAAGGACCUGUCCUGUGAUGUCUGGUGGCCCAAAAUAUGAAUACCGGUGGCAGGAUGACCUGAAAUACAAGAAACCAACAGCAUUGCCAGCACCGCAGUAUAUGAACUUUUUGAUGGACUGGAUUGAAGUGCAGAUCAACAAUGAAGACAUAUUUCCGACCAGUGUAGGUGUACCGUUCCCAAAGAACUUCCUCCAGAUCUGCAAAAAGAUCCUGUGCAGGCUCUUUAGAGUGUUUGUCCAUGUCUACAUUCACCACUUUGACCGCAUCAUCAUCAUGGGGGCCGAAGCCCACGUCAACACCUGUUACAAGCACUUUUAUUAUUUUGUAACAGAGCUCAACCUCAUAGAUCGCAAGGAACUAGAGCCUUUGAAAGAGAUGACAGCCAGGAUGUGUCACUGAAGAGCCAGGAUUGAAAGAAAAUGAAAUGUAAUUUCCUGCUAACUGAAGAAGAGUUUGAGGAUAGACCAGCCUUCACAGACAAAACUUGCCUCAUUCGUUCUUAAAGAAGCAGGAAAGUCAGGGACACAAGAUCGUUGCAUCCCACCAGUUUGUAUGCUCUUAACCCUAAAAAUGCUGCUAGGUGCCUCCUUGGAAUGAUGGGGAUUGCUUGGAAAGAGAAGAAGAAGCCAUUCUUUUCCCAUACUCCCUGAAUGGUUGAGGAGGACUUGCCCAGAAUACAAAUCAAUUCCAUCCGCCUUCCUGCUCUUAAAGCUUUACUGCGAUUGUUUUUCUAAUGUAAACUGUGGUUAUUAAGUGCAUUGUUCCUCAGGUACAGUGUGCAUGAAGAGACUACGUUUCAAUUCCUUACAUGCAUCCAAACCACCUUAGAACUGUGAGCCUGUAAUAUGCCUAAAAAUAUUGCACUAUGUUUUGUAUCUCAUGCUACAAUCGUGGUUAUCCAUAACACAGGCAAGGAAGAAACUGGUUACCCAGUGGAGUAGACAAGGUGAUUUUCCAGUCCAGAGAUUUACCUAGUUAGUGCCUUCAGACACCUCCAGUUGUAUAUAAAUCUUAUCUACAGUAGAGUCUCACUUAUCCGACCUUCGGUUAUCCGACCUUCUAUCUUAUCCAACGGACUUGUCCGAUGCCCUCCUUUUUCUCCAGCAUGUCCCCUUCAACUCUCUUUCCAUUUCCAAUAAGUGAAAAAGGCAAGACAAGGAGGAGGAGGAAGGAAAGGGGGAAAAGAGGCAGGAUCAAAAGUGGAAGUGUCCUCCUUGCUUCCCCCUGUGAUUUCCACAUGCCUCUUCCACAUCCGGGCACUUCCUGUUGGGCCACUCUAGCCCCAAGGUGUUGCCUCAAGGUGUUGCCUUGCCUUAACCCUUUGAGUUCCUGUUGUUAGUAUUCGUCAGAUGGAUAACAAUAGGAGAUCCAUAUUAUCCGACAUUGUUUUUUAUCCAAUGUUCUGACUGCCCAUUUAUGUCAGAUAAGCAAGACUCUACUGUAUCUAUCUAUCCUUCCUUCCUUCCUUCCAUCCGUCCUUCCUUCCUUCUUGUAAUGACUGCCUAGGAUUAAUCUCUUUAUAGACAGCCUGUUAACUCGUAUUUUGGAAACAAGGAUAGCAUCUCCCCCCCCCAAAAA